UCUGGGAGUGCAGCGGGGAGGAGUCCUGGCAGGGCUGAGCGGGAGCAGCCAGAGGGGAGCCAGUACACACAGCCUAGUGGAGAGGACAGCACAGCCAGGCCAGGAGGUGAGGUGAGAUGGCCGACAGCUGCACGGAGCUGGAGCAGAUGAUGUUGCUGCUGGUGGAGAAGUUCUACAAGUAUGUGCCCAAGGGCAAGGAGGAGAUCAGAAAGAGCGACUUCCGGGAGAUGCUGCAGAAGGAGCUCAACCACAUGCUGACGGCCACUGGGAGCAAGGAGGCGGCCAACAAGCUCAUCCAGGAUCUGGACACCGACCACAAUGGGCGCAUCAGCUUCGACGAGUACUGGACCUUGAUAGGCAGCAUCGUCUUCCCCCUCAUUAACCACAAACUCUACUAGGAGCAGCAAGGCAGCAGCUAGGAGGCACCACGCCCCACACUGGCCCCCUUCUCAGCCUCACCCCUGCCCCUGCCCCUGCCUUCACACCUUCCCCUUGCUGACCAGGGCCUGGGCAUGGCAUAGCCCCUUUGUGAGCGUCCCCGACUGGGGGUAUCUCUGACGAUCUCAGACCCCGGAGCCAGCAGGCCCUAGACCCCUCUCCCACAACUGAGAGAUCAAAAUGCUGUUUGAGGUUCCCAAGAAUCGCCCCCCUCGGUGAGCCUGGACCCCGAUGCCAUGUGAUUGCUGUCUCCUGACCUCGGAUCCCUCUGCUGGGCGCAGCAGCGGAGACCUCGUCCCACUCCCAUGCAGCUCCUCUGCCAGGAGGAGGAAAUUCAGGGACUCCCCUCCAGAUGCCUCACUCUGGGUGGGAGUGAGCUAAGGGGGGUUGGGCCCCCUCCCACCUGCUCAGCCCAGGGACGCCCAUAAAGGCUUGAUUUGAAAUUUGUA